AGUUUAAAACAGACUGUGUCCUGCUCACCCUCAGCAGAAGCAUCCAUCAACAUGAUCCCCAUUGUACUGGCCUCAGUGCUCAUUGCUAGCGCCCUCGGGUGUGGCACCCCACCCAUCGAACCUCUGACUUCCCGUGUGGUCAACGGAGAAGAUGCUACGCCCCACAGCUGGCCCUGGCAGAUCUCUCUGCAAUAUGAGAGGGACGGUGAAUGGAGGCACACUUGUGGAGGAUCUCUGAUUGCUGCCAACUGGGUCAUGACUGCUGCUCACUGCAUCAACUCCAAGCUCUCCUACAGGGUGUUUGUGGGCAAACACAACCUGGUGGAGGAGGAAGCUGGCUCCAAGGCUAUCUUGCCUGAGAAGUUUAUCGUGCAUGAGAAAUGGAACCCCAUCUUCGUGGCCUUCGGUAACGAUAUUGCCAUGAUCAAGCUGUCAGAGCCCGUGACUUUGAGUGACCAGGUGCAGUUGGCAUGUAUCCCUGCUGCUGGCACUCUGCUGUCCAACCUCUACCCCUGCUACAUCACCGGCUGGGGCAGACUGUACACCGGAGGCCCCAUAGCUGAUAAGCUGCAGCAGGCUUUGAUGCCUGUGGCUGACCAAGCCACCUGCUCCCAGCCUGACUGGUGGGGCAUCGCUGUCAGGACCACCAUGGUGUGUGCCGGCGGGGAUGGAAUCGUGGGUGGAUGCAAUGGUGACUCUGGUGGCCCUCUGAACUGUAAGAACUCAGAGGGAGCCUGGGAGGUCCAUGGCAUCGCCAGCUUUGUCUCUGGACUGGGCUGCAACUUUGUGAAGAAACCCACCGUCUUCACCAGAGUGUCUGCUUUCAACGACUGGGUCGACCAGGUUAUGAUGAACAACUAAAGAAGCUGACAUUUCAAUAAAGAAUAUACGGGUCACUUCA